AUGACGUCGACGCAGCAGCUCCCGUCGCUCAAACUGCCCGAAGGCGACGGCGGUCUUCGCAUCUCCAUUUCCUUCUUUCCCAACUCCGACGCCGACCACCCCGAUGCCUCCGACUCCGCUGCCGCCGGCCCCGAUGGCCGUGUCUCCGACCGACGUUCGAUUGUCCAAGCCCAAUCACCCGGCCCGCCGCUGACGCCGACGUCACACAACAUCCCCAUCCAUCCCAUUCCAUCGCUGCAAGACGCCUUCACCGAGUCCCUGGACGAGGUGACCAACGGCAACGUCGCAGAUAAGCCCAAGCUGGCGCAACUCGACGCGCGGGCCCGGAGAGAGCGCUUGCUAGCCCAGGACAAGGAUGCCGAACCCUUCGACGUGACCUGGCGGUACCGCCCUGGCCAGCAGCAACACGAGCUGUUCAAGCUGCUCGCCCAAAUCUCCUUUGGAGUCUACCUGCUACUCAACGGCAUGGCCAACAGCAACGCCCAGGUCAUCAACAUUCUCCAGGGGCACAUUGACGAGGUGGACGAGUACCUCGAGAUCACGCUCGAGGAUCUCGGCCAGGCCUUGACGGACCUCACCGCCCGCAUAGACCAUCUGAAGCUGCCUCUGUCCAAGUUGGGGGCCUUUGAAGAGCUUCUCGAGGACCGCAGCUUUCGUUGUGGCAUCCUCGAGGCCAACGAAAAGAUCGACCAUAUUCUAUCCCGCACCGACAUCGCCAUGAAGCAGUGGGACAACGACAUCGAUGCUGGCCUGCAGUGCACCGCCGCCUUUACCAGCUGGCUCAACGAUCAGAGGGAUGCAGAGUGGAGGACCCAGCGCCCAGACGUGGCCGAUGUUUUUGAUGCCAUGAAGGGCAAUGCCGAGGGCUGGCUCUUGGCCUUUGACGACAUCCACGACCGCGCUCAAGAAGUCAAUAACCUCCUCAUCCGGCUCAUGACUGUCAUUGCUGAGAUGGAGAAGAAGGCCGGUGAGGUCAGCCGGAGGACUUGGUCUGACCCGAGACAGCCUCACCGCCAGCAGUCUAGCAUCCGCAGCGUCUCCUCGUCCGGGGUCAUGCCGGGAGUCGUAGACGAUACAGAUGCCAGAGGCGUCGUGCCUCCCGUACCGCCGUUUUUGCCAAGCCGCUCCAUGGCUCGCCAUGCCCCCAACGACUCGGUUGAUUCGCGGCAGUCGAGGCGGCAAACAUCCGCACCAUCGACUUCGUCUCUCGAGCUCGGCUCGCUCAAUGGCCUAAAGGAGGGCGGACGCCUCGAUUCGUCGACCGACGAGUCCUUGUACGUUCUCCAACCUCGCAUCUACUCGCCACGAACCCCCGAGCAGCUUCCGUCACCUGCGCUCAACCAAGCCGCAAACAUUACGCCCAAGCCUGAGCAAAGGCGCAUGUCGCUCAAAUCCAUUGUGCCUGAUGAUAUCCACAUACCUCCGAGGUCUGUCGCGGAUGCGUCGAUUCCCAGGCCGUCGUCCAAGUACGCCACGCCUCGGUCGACCGCCUCGCAGCCGUUCGACUCUGCGUAUUGCUCCGACACCGAGGCACAGUCCCUCCAGCAAGGCUCACACGCGGGCUCGGAAGCCAGCCUGUCUCCUCCAGUGCGUCCGCACAUGGUACACUCGCCACGUUCUGAUCACCUCCAAUACUACCGCCCCGUCGAGGCUUCGCCGCACUCGCCUCUUCAGCAGAGACCGCACACGGCCAUGGGGCCCCGCGCCUCGCAAUUUAGCUCACACCAAAUGCGCAACCAGCCGUCUCAACUAGGCAGCGUGAGGACACCCAGUGAUGCCACGUUGGGGGCCUACGACGGUGCGGUGACGCCGACGGGUCGGUCCCAUGGGGAAGGCAAGUCGCUCAAGAAGAAGAAGAGCACGUUUGGCUGGUUCAAGAAGGCCUUCAGCCUCGACGAAGAAGAGCGGGCGGAAUUCGAGGCUCGUAAGGCUCGGUCUCAGAUGGAUCGCUACUACGACGGCAAUAGCCCGAGAUUCCUCGACGGACGCAGAAUACGGUGA